UCUCUUCUCUCUUCAUCUUCAACAAAUCACGCACCAUCAUCAUCAUCAUCUUCAUCGUCAUCACCAACUUCUUCAUCAUCACCAUCAAUGGAAUUCCCCAAACCAAACCACCCUUUACCCUAAAAUUGAUUCAUCUUUCUACCUUCUUUUAGUUUUUUAGGUUUUUAAUUAACUUUUGCUUCAAGUUUUUUUUUUUUCCUACAGAUUUCGAAUUUCGACCCUGUAGCUUCGUUUUUGUUUAUAAUUUCUUGUGAUCCUUUCUUUAGUACAAAAACCCUAAUUUCACCCACCGACUUCUUCUUCUUCUUCUUCUUCUCUCUGUGGCCCAUCCUUAAACCCACACUGCUUUUGCUUUUCCUUUUUUUUUUCCGGGAAAUUUGAUCUCUUUACCUUUCGUCAUUAUUAGUAGGGAAUGAUCUUUUAGGUAUUUUGUUUCCCCCAAAUCUCACUUUUUCUCCCUUCUUCUCCAUCUCUAUUUCACACAACCGAGUAAACCCUAGAAUCUCCGCUUCUCAUUCAAUUGGUUUCAUCACUUUCACUGGGCUUAAUCAUUGCAAUUAUCUCUAGGGUUUACUCGGUUACCCUCUAUCAUCAUCACUUAGAAGAAUUGAUCCUUGUUCAUAAUUCUAUCUUCUUUUCUUUGGCAUAAAGAUUCAAUUUUUUCUUCUUCUUCUUCUCUAUCUCACUCACCUGUAAGUAAUCAUGGCGUAUCAGUCUGUUCCGGGUUCUGGGUUUCACUACUUGAAUUCUCCUUUUGGUGAUACAACUUUCACAAAGGUAUUCGUCGGUGGCCUUGCUUGGGAGACUCAAAGUGAAACCCUUCGUCGGCAUUUCGAACAGUUCGGUGAAAUCCUUGAAGCUGUUGUCAUUGCUGAUAAGAACACUGGCCGAUCCAAAGGUUAUGGCUUUGUGACUUUCCGAGAUCCCGAAGCUGCUAGGAGAGCUUGUGCUGACCCAACUCCGAUUAUAGACGGUAGACGUGCAAAUUGUAAUCUUGCUUCCCUUGGGAGACCUCGGCCUCCAUUGCCCUAUGCAUUGAUACCUAAUAUGCCUGGACGCUUAAGACCUGCUUCCCCGUACAUUGGAAAUGUGCAGGGUCCUCGUGGUUCACUUAUUGGAAAUUAUCCGUAUCAGCAACCACUUCCUUAUAACUACCAGCAAGGAGUUGUCUAUCCUUAUGGGGUAACCGCUUAUGGACCCGAGUAUAUGUACUCACAAUCACAGGGUUUAUAUGGUCCAUACAUGGGUCAGCAGUACCUUCAGGUCUACGGAGUACCUGGAGCAGUGAAUUCACCCAUAUAUCAAUACGGGCAACUAAGUCAGACUAUUCCUAGUGGCCAUGGUUAUCCAGCAGUUCAAGGGUAUUCAGUUCCAGGAAGCCAUGUUCUGCAGCUUGGUGGACCCACGGUCAGUGCGAUGACCACUUCAUCUAUGUCUGCUCUUCAAGGUCCUUACCCUUCAGGUAUAACAGGCCCUGCUCCUGUACAGUCGCAUAUCAUUGUCCACUCCCCUCAAUUUAUGCAGAGUAGCGGUUCUGACCAAACAACAAGUUAUUCUUGAGGACCGAGGGAAAAAGGAAGUUAAGCGGUAGUGAAACUGCUACUAGAUGUGGCAGCAGAGACUUCUUGUAUUAUUAAGUCUUGCACGUUAUUUAUCUUGCACCCUUAAGGUUAUAUAAAAUAGUCUUGCUCACUGGAAGGCUCAGAAGGAAAAAAGAAAAGGAAAUUGGAGUUUCAGGGUUUACGCUUCCGUUUUCUUACCCAUCCAUCAAUGUGUAUAAAACACAGUCACAAAAAAGCUACUGGCUCAAGCUCGGGUUGAGUUUGAAGGCACCAUAGCGGGUUUCCCUCGGAGGGAAGACCAUUAGUAAUAAGUUGGUGUACAAUAUGCAUAUAUAUUAUAUACACACAUACACAAGCAUAUACAUAUGGUAGAAUCAAAAUCUGAUUCUUUUCUAGUCUAAAGUCGUAAUGCCACUACACUUCCUUCAGGUGCAGGAGUGUAGUGAGUAACAUUGAUAGGUAUAUAUAGCCUUUGUCUCCAAGUUCUGCAUUGUAAGUAAAACAUAUUCAUGUCCUUUGUCUGUGACUGUUCAUAUUUAGGGUUCUUUCUUCUUCCAUGUCUGAACACACUGAUGAAUUGUUUAUCUGAAGCUUACUUCAAAGUA